AUUAUCCUAAAAAAUUAAAAUUAUUUCGUCGGAUAAUCAAGAUCUUUAAAGUGAUACGCUACUGCUCGGUAUAAACAAAAACCGAUCUGAGGCACGGCAGUGCUAUAUUGCUGUGGCAGUGAAAGUUGAGGGUUGAGGAGUUUUUUUUCGUAUUCCUGGCAAACCGAAGGGUUUUAAGAUAGGCAAAGUUUUAAAGUCUUGUCUUAAGAAACAUGCCACGAUGCUUGAUAAAAUCGAUGGCACGGUAUCAGCGGACCGACAGUUCAAAUGAAGAGACCGAAUUUCCAUGGCUGCCACCAACUGUGGACCUCAAGCGAAAAAAUCAUACAAAGGAUGUGACAUCUAAGACGAGCAAUAUCUGGGCUUGUUCCGGACUCCCCAUUGUAACUCGUUACAGCUUUCAUAAGAGCAGCGGUGCGACAUUCAACACAGAGUUCAAUUCAUCUGGUGGAAAUUUUGGGAACGUGCAAGAUGCUUCGUCGAUCAGCGAGCAUGCGAUCGAUGCUGAUAAAGUGUCAGCGAUAUUCCUCGAUGGGAUGUCACCAGUCUCCUCCAAAUCGCAAGAAUCUUCAGGACUGAUAGCGCAAACGAUAGAUAUGGAAAAGGUCAUUGGAACAAAGGUCAUGAUCAACGAUUGCGAAACGCAAACGCUCUCACAGGCUUUAUAUUUGCUACCAAAACAGAAGCGAGAGCCGGUAAACGCUGCCGAGGGUAAGGCGACGUCUACCCGGGGAGGCACUCAGCAUUGGAAGAGAAACAAAACGAUGCAUUACUGUCCAUAUUGUCGUAAAAGCUUUGAUCGGCCGUGGGUGUUGAAGGGUCAUUUACGUCUGCAUACAGGCGAGAGACCCUUUGAAUGCCCAGUUUGUCACAAGUCCUUUGCUGAUCGUUCAAAUCUUCGCGCACAUCAAAGGACACGUAAUCAUCAUCAGUGGCAAUGGCGUUGCGGCGUUUGCUUCAAAGCUUUCUCGCAAAGACGCUAUUUGGAACGCCACUGUCCGGAAGCUUGCCGCAAGUACCGGAUAUCCCAGAAGAAGGAGCCGAUUUGUCCAUGAAUGUGCAGGAAGAAACGGUGAAAUGAGGAAUAUCAAUAAUGUGUGUUGUACCAAUGUAAAAACAAUAUAUCACUUCACAGCUAUAUUCUGACACGUGCGACGUGUAUUACGCCGUUCAUAUUUCAAUAAAAAUUCGAUAAAAGUUUUUCCAUCAA